UGCAAAAUGACCACAUUACCAGGCCAGUUUUCAACAUCAUUAAUAUUCAACGAUCAUCAUCGUGAUUUAAUUCACUGUGUGGCAUUCGAUUUUCAUGGAAGACGCAUAGCGACAUCUUCAAGUGAUAUGAUUGUUUGUGUAUGGAAUCAGUCCUCGAAUGGUGUAUGGCAGAAAUCUGCUAGUUGGAAGAGUCACGGUGGUCCUGUAUGGCGAGUUAUUUGGGCACAUCCGGAAUUCGGACAGAUCCUUGCGACGUGCUCCUUUGAUCGUAGUGUUAUCAUUUGGGAAGAAACUGUUCGAUCUGAAGACGAGACCUUAUCGCGCAAUGGAAUGCAGUCAUCCAUGAAAGCAAAAAGCCGCACACAUUGGAAAAGAUGUUGUCAGUUGGUUGACAGUCGUCAUAACGUUACUGAUAUCAAAUUUGCACCGAGACAUCUUGGACUUAUGCUUGCAACCGUUUCGUCGCAAGGAAUGCUGCGUAUCUAUGAAGCACCGGAUGUAAUAAAUUUAUCGAUGUGGAAUCUGAAUACCGAUAUAACCGUAUUCAAAUACAGAUGCAGUGCAUUAACGUGGAGUUCGAAUCGACUUAAAAAGCCAUUGAUCGCGAUCAGUUCUGAUGACAGAGAGGAUGUUCCAAAAUAUAUUGCCAUUUAUGAAUAUCACGAUAGUCUCAGGAAAUGGCAGUUACUAAAUUCAUCAGCUAUAAAAGUCGAUGAACCAAUCCACGAUAUUGCAUUUGCUCCGUCAGCGGGUCGUUCUUAUCAUUUGUUGGCGAUCGCUGCGAAAAAUAUAUCGAUUUAUAAAUUGAAUGAGGACGUCAGGAACGAUAACCCUUCGCAGACAACUUUCUACAAUAUCGAUCUCGUUGAAAUACUCGAGAAUUCUAGUCCAUCUUACGUUGACAUGUGGCGUCUUUCGUGGAAUAUCACCGGAACAAUCUUAACAGCAGGAAGUUCCGAUGGGAAUGUUAGAGUAUGGAAAGCAAAUUUCCUCAAGAAGUGGCCUUUGAUAGCGACGAUAAAGUCGUCGGAAAGUUGCAAGACGGACGAUCCGAAUAAAACUACAACAAUAAGUGCUUUACCAAAACAGAAUCAUAGAGAGUGGAACAAAUUAUUGAUGAUACUGGAUGCUGCUGAGAACGAAGGUUUUCAUCUGUUAAUUGUUGAUUCGAUCGGUGCUUCUGUCGCGAUGCUCUCUCUGACAUUAUGGAUCGUAUUAGCAGCUGUAGUGAUUCUAAUCGCCUUCUUACUUUACAUCUACACUCGUCUACCGAAAAAAAUUCCCGUUCAGUUCCGCGGAAAGCAUGCCUUCAUUACGGGUGGCUCGAAAGGAAUUGGCAAAGAACUGGCCAUAGGACUGAUUAAGCGAGGCUGCAAUGUAUCAAUAUCAGCCAGAGAUGCAAAACAACUUCAGCUAACUUGCGAUGAACUAAGAACAGUCGCUCAGUCAACUGCUCAGGCAAAUAUCUCUGCUAGAUGGUAUCAACUCGAUGUUACUGAUUCGUUUGAAAAGGAGUUUGGUAAUUUAUACAUUCAAUACCAUAGCGUUUUGAAAGCGUUUCUGGAAUUUACUGAGACGUUACAUCUCGUAGAAGCGGUGAUACUGAAGGCUGAAAAAGAAUGUGGUAAAGAGAUCGACAUAUUGAUAAAUAACGCAGGCACUUGCAUUCAAGGUGCAUUCGAUGAAUUAUCAACUGAAGCAUUCCAGCAACAGUUUUCGCUGAAUUGUCUCAGCUCGAUCAAAACGACACAUGCCUUAGUGAAACGAAUGAAGUUGGCACGUAAUGGCCAUAUUGGUUUCGUGUGUUCGGCUGCGGGACAGUUCGCGAUGUUCGGUUACAGUGCGUAUUCGAUGUCGAAAUUCGCGUUACGCGGUUUUGCUGAAUCGCUCCGAAUGGAACUUCUUCCCUUCAAUAUUGGCGUAUCCCUAUUAUAUCCGCCAAAUACGAGCACCGAAGGUUAUCAGGAGGAACUGAAAACAAUGCCAGAUGAAGUGAGAGAAAUCAGUGGUACGGCUGGUUUGUUCACGGCACGUCAUGUAGCAGAAUGUUACCUGAAUGAUAUGGCGUCGGGCAAUAUCAGUACGAGUAUUGGUUUGGAGGGUUGGAUGUUAAACGCUAUCGCAUCUGCGACAUCCAUGGAGAAUAAUUUCCUCAGAACUUUACUUGAGAGUCGGCCAGAGUUCACCCUUUUCUCAAUGUUUCGCGAGUUAACUUCGCGAAAAUUCACAUGUCAGCAAAAAGUUACUGUAAGCGAUCAACAAAUGAUUUUGUUGCUACUUUCAGUUGAUAUUACUGGUGCCGAUACGCAUCAUAAUGCUAAUCUAUAUGAGCGACGUCAACAAAAUCGUCGACGAAUGUCGUUCGAAACGUCAAUCCUGUAA